AUGACGAUGACAUCCACACCGCCGCGCGACAAACAAGACGAAAGUCUUUCCCAAAACGUGCCCGACCUCGAAGACGCAGAUUUAGGGGACGAUAACAUUGUCAAGCUCCUUGCACAGCUCGUGCGCAAGCAAAACGACGAAAUCAACAAGAUCCUCAUAUCGCAAAAUGAACAGGCAAAGCAGCAAACACAAGAACAGCGUCGUUUGAGUGGGAUGAUUGAGAAGCUGAAUGCCAGACUUGCCUCGUUUCUAAAGAGUCGACAACAGUGUUCUUGUGAUGAGGGCUCUGACCUAGAUUUGAUACCAUCAUUGCGGGCCAGAGUUGAUGCAGUCGAGGAUACUCUGCGCGAUCAUGAGGUGUUCAAAGAGGUUUUGCAGCCUCGUGUUGAGAGACUCGAGACUAGGCUCGAUGGCAUUCAACACCAAAUUUCUAAAGAUGAGCCACGGUCUACUACGGUAAAUGCAGACUGUUUGAAUAAAGAAGACCUUCAAUCUCUGACCGAAGCACUUGCAACGCGACAACUGUCCAUGCAGUUCCGCAUAGACGAACUCGCCGAUACCAUGAACAAACAAAUCAGCAUAUCAAACGAGCAAAAGCCCAUCGCCUCACACCAAGGACAGAGCCUAUCUCAUAGAAGCAGCCACUCAACAACAACCAUCCCUAUACCAUUCGAACGAGCCCGCCUAGGCUCAGAAAGCACAUACAACUGCCCUCAUCACCAUACUCAAUCCCACAGCCAGGAUCUCACUAUUCCACCCUCCAAUGGCUCCAUAUCCUCCAUUGAAAGCUUCCACCAACAAGCGACUUCCCUCAUCAACAAAACAACACAACAAGACGCCAGUCUCUCCUCUCACAAGAAGGAUCUACUCAAUCUCAAACGCCGCCUUGCACACGCUGAAAAACUUAUCAGCGCGUGUUACCGAAUCGGCUCGUUUAGUAUUCAUGGCCUCUCGUUUUACCAAGAUGCCGCAGCAUUACGCUACAUAUCAGCCGACCCCGAAGCCCGCGACGCCUUUAAAAUGUUCUACGGCAACCGCAUCGCAGCAAUAGACUACGCCGACAUUGCACCCUCCGCAAUUCUGGCGUGUUUUGACAUUAUAGCACGUAUUCGAUGUCGGCAUGAUUUGUGGACGGACGACAAACUUGAGGCAAAACAGCGGAUUCGGUGCGGUGCAGAACAGAUGGUGGAUGAUUGGAUCAAGUCGUUGCCCCUGAGGGACGGAGGGGAACAUAUAUAUGUUUCGGCGCGAGAGUUGCAGAGUCGGUUUAAUCAAUUGAAGGUUUUCUGUUAUGGGGCUGGUAUUGUGUUUGAUUUUCCAUGGUCGGAGAUUUGA